AUGGCCGACGUCCCGACACCCCCACUCGCCCGCUGCACUGCUCAAUCAGAGGGGGCCUUCCGGUUUUCGUACCUGCUUCGCUCCAGUCCCCGCUCCAGCUCCUGCACCAACCCUGCGGGGUUCCAGCUCGGCGGCUCCACGUCCCGGUUUCACGUCCCGUCCCCGGUUCCACGUCCCGGCCCCACGGUUCCCGGCCCCACGUCCCGGCCCCGGCCCUUCCUGCGGACUGUGUAA